AUGACCGACUGGCCUCCGACUCGUCCGUGGGCCAGCGGGCGCAUUCUCACCCCCGCACAGCGUGAGCGAAAGAGGGCCGCGAAUCGACUCUCGCACCGCACCAAGAGAUCUCAAGCCCAGGCCCGCACCGCCAGCCUCGAGUCGCACAUCGAGCUCCUCAAGGCCGAGAUCGAGCCCCUGAGACGGCGAGAAGCAGCCCCGGGAUGCCCAUGUUCUUUUGUCUGCUGGACUCUGGACCCAUGGCCUUCGCUAAAUAUUGCGGGCGACAUCUUCGGCGGUCUCCGGUCGCAGAAUACCCAUGACAGUUACGGUGCGACCGGCGCGCCGCUUAUCCAAAUUCCAAGUGUGUCGAGAAACGAUGCCCUGAACCAGGAUGUGUUGGUUCGCGCCCUCGCCAACGGAUGGUCCGACGUCUCGAUGCGGUAUGGCAGGACCAGCGUCUUCUGCCCGCUGUGGAAUCUCGUCCGCUACCUUGACCGACGUGUCUUCUGCAUGAGGGGCUUCCUUACACGGCUGUGCGCGCUGCGUAUGAUCCACACCAUGCUGCUGUGCUUUGUCGGAGUCGCCUCUUUCAAUGAUCUGCCGGCGUGGUAUAAGCCGCGCCCUUCACAGCAUACCAUUCGGCAUGCCCUUGCAGUCGACGUGCUCCCGUGGCCAGGCGUGCGUGAGAGGGCGGUGUAUUCCCAGGGUCUGACCCAAGACAACAAGUUCUGGACGGGCAUGGUCCACCAUUUUCGUUUCCACUGGCCGUCCAGUCCAAGCGACGUUGUCGAUUUCGACGCGAAUGCCGGUCUCUUUGCUCUGACCGGCCUGUUUCUCAACCAAGUACAUAAUAUCCACAUGUGGAAGAUGAACUUGAGCUUCAUCAACUUGUUCCCGGAUCUGUACGGCGACAUCAUGCUGUCCCUGGAUGACAUUGAGAGGCCGAUUUCUUGCAUCCUUCCAGCCGCCACCGCCGCCAAUUCCAUUUUUGGCUUUCCACCACAGAUCCCUGUUGGCUCCGUCAACAUUAACACUGAUCAUAUACCUGCGCUACCGCUACCGGAGUCUUCAGGUGAAGUUGGGUCUGAGCUCGGGGAGAGGCACUCUCCGCUGGUGGCAUUCGCACCCUUGCCGCUACCUCAAUAG